AUGGAUCUCGAAUUAGAACCUACUUUAGAAUCCUUGAUAAAACAAGACACCUUGAAAUGGAUUUUCGUUGGUGGUAAAGGUGGUGUAGGGAAAACCACCACUUCUUCAUCAAUUGCCGUCCAAUUGGCAUUGCAACAUCCAGAUUCCGAGUUUCUCUUAAUUUCUACUGAUCCAGCCCAUAACUUAUCCGAUGCAUUUUGUCAGAAAUUCGGCAAAGAGGCAAGAAGAGUCGAAGGAUUGUCUAAUUUGUCAUGUAUGGAAAUAGACCCAGAAGCUGCAAUGAGCGACUUACAACAACAAGCACAACAAUACAACAACGAUCCAAACGAUCCAUUGAAAAGCAUAAUGAAUGAUAUGACAGGAUCAAUACCUGGUAUUGAUGAAGCAUUGUCAUUCAUGGAAGUAUUGAAACAUAUCAAAAACCAAAAAGUCAAUGAAAAUGACAGCAAGGACAAAAUUUCAUAUAGAACCAUCAUUUUCGAUACUGCUCCAACGGGGCACACAUUACGUUUUUUGCAAUUACCAUCUACAUUGCAGAAAUUGUUGGGAAAGUUUCAGCAGUUAUCAGGGAAAUUGGGUCCAAUGAUGAGUAUGUUGGGAGGUGGAGCAGGUGGUCAACAAGAUAUGUUUGAAAAAUUGAAUGAGGUUCAAAAGAAUGUGACCGAAGUGAAUGAACAAUUCACUAAUCCAGACUUGACCACAUUUGUCUGCGUUUGUAUUUCCGAAUUUUUGUCAUUGUAUGAAACUGAAAGAAUGAUUCAAGAAUUGAUGUCAUACAAGAUGGAUGUCAACUCAAUCGUUGUCAACCAAUUGUUAUUCGCCGACGAUGAUGAACACCCUUGCCAAAGGUGUGUGAGUAGAUGGAAGAUGCAAAAGAAGUACUUGGAUCAAAUGGCUGAGUUGUAUGAAGAUUACCAUUUGGUAAAAAUGCCCUUACUUGGAACUGAAAUUAGAGGAGUGGACAACUUGAAGAAAUUCUCCAAGUUUCUAUUAACUCCAUAUGAUCCCAAAAAAGACCGUUCACUCAUAACGGAAAUGAAAGAACAAUAA